AUGAAAAGCACCAGCGCAAUUCCGAAAAAGAGUGGCUCCUCGUCGGGAUUGGCAAAAGACACUCACCUCAUCAAACGAAGACCUGCAUGGGAAGCGAACUUGUUGGGAAGCAGGUCGGGAAAGAGGGGACUCCCCAGUAGUUCAGGAGCAAGAGGAAAUUCCAUGACUACAACAAUCACAACCAAUACCACCCUCAACAAUUCAAACAACAUCGUCACAACCUCCUCUACCACCUCCACCACACAAACCAUUGUCAAGCAUUCCUUUAUUGCGUCAAAACCACCAGACAAAACAUUCUCUCAGUACAAUCGGAGAAGAGAUCAAAAGAUCCCUACCAACAGCAAUGCCACUACAAACACUCAAAAAGAUAGCUCUGCCAUUAGUUCCUCUGUAAAUAAGCACACAAAUCCUGGAAGUACUGUGAACAACACAAAGGCAAAAUCACAACAUGCCACGCAACGAAAUACUAACGAUCUAAAGGCUGAGGUAUCAGCUCGAAACAACAAAUCAAAGCAACAACCUAAAACAGAGGACAAACAAGCAACUCCUUUGAUAUCAAAACAGGCAAUACCACGUCCUCAAGUUCCUGAUGCAAUCUUAGAAAAUUUUGAGCCAACCCCCUUCCAACCAGACUUUAGAAAAUUCAGACAAUACGAGCACAAAUAUGCAGAAAUAGAUCGACGUGCUCUUUCCAUAUCAAAAUCAGAGGAAGCAACCUUAGAAAAGUGCGCUCACUAUUUGACAGAUCAGUAUCAUACUAUUGAGGAGAAAGCAAGAGCCAUCUAUCGAUGGAUCACAAACAAUAUUCGAUACGAUGUGGAGGGAUUAUAUAGUGGUAAGAUGUCGUACACCUCAAAUUCGGCCUGGCAAUCACGAAAAGCAGUAUGCUCUGGAUAUAGUGACUUGUUUAAGGAGAUGUGUAAAGUGGCAGGUAUAACUGACUGCCAAAGUAUUGACGGUUACGCGAAGGGUGCCUCUUAUGAAAUUGGAAAACCCAUCUCAUCAACAAAUCAUGCUUGGACAGCAAUUAAAACUGAGGAUGGUCAGUGGCAUUUGAUAGAGGCAACUUGGGGCGCUGGCCAUGUAAAUGGACGAACAUUCACGGCAAGAUUUGUCGAUAGAUACUUUUUCAUGUCCCCGUAUGAAUUUAUCGCUGCACAUUAUCCAUCAGAUAGUAACUGGCAGCUUCUUCCUUCUCCCGUUUCCAAGUCAGUGUUUGAGGAUCGAGUUUGCAUAAUUGGCUUCGAUCAUGGUCUCACUUCAGUCUCUCAUCACAAAGGUUACAAUAUUCUGAAAAAAUCUAAUAUUGAGGAAGUAGUGAUGAAAGCUCUCCCUGGAACCAAAUGGUUAUUUAACUUAACAGAGGGGCAUGGUGGUUCUCCCCUCUUCAGUAAUGUAAAUCCUAUUUAUUCAGAGAAUGGUGACACCGCCCAUGUAAAAAUUUUCUUACCAAAGAAGAAUGUUGAAUAUCAUUUGGUGGUAUUUGUAGGACGUGAGGCGAACGGAGAGAAAGAUUGGGGAUGUACAUACGUGUUCAAAGUUGCAGAUUCAGCCUCCAUGGAUCUCUCAGGCUUUCCUCUCGUUUUCCCAAAGAUGGGUGAUCUAGGUUUUAAACUUGUUGAGCCUUCAUUUGGAAAACUUUCGAGAAACACCGAAUAUACCUUUAAGGUUGAAGCUCCCUCAGAGUCAUGCGCUAUGGGAAUGUAUUUAUCCAUUGAUUCUGAUAUGAGAGCCUUUUCAAAAAAGGAAGGGUCUUGUCUCUACACAUUGACAACCAAAAUGCCCAAUAAGGCUGGAAAAGCCACAGUUUUUGCAGGUGACGGUCAUUUAGAUGGAAUUCUUCAAUAUACCAUCGAAUAA